GUGUGUGUGUGAGUGUGUGUGUUAUUGGUGUGAAUGCCUGAUAGAGUGAGUUUAAGUCUGGCCGGGCUUCUUUAUCCAUUAUUUACAUCAGUAACAGAUUUAUCAGGCGGCCGACGCGGCCACUGAGUUGGAAGAUGCGGGGAGGGGUCUGCGCCGCAGAUCCCUCAAUCCUUUUGGCUGGAGAUAAGACGAGGAGGAGUGGCCGACGGGUAACCGAGAGAGCACCAAGGGGCAAUGGGGAAUCACUAAUGAGAGAGAGAGAGGAGGGAGUCUGAAACAGAGAGAGAGUAAAAGAGAAAGAGAGAGAGAGAGACUCAUCAUCAUCAUCAUCAUCAUCAAAGACGCGCUCGGUGACUAGAUUAGCGAGUAACCCAGCAGAGGAGCGUCGAGGCUUCACCCACCCAGCCGGAGGGAAUCAACACCGAGCGAACUCAGCGCCGCCGGCCGACCCGCGACCUGCUGUCCCCGGCCCUAGCCGCAGCAGCGUCCCGCUCUGUCUCCCCUUUCCCUCUCCCUCUCUCGCUCUCUCACUCUCCCUCUGCGGUAAACUUACUAUGGGUUGUGUCGCCAACUCCUCCGGGACUGAAGUGCUACUGCAGCUGGAGGCUCUCCGCAGCGCCGCGCAACUUUCUCAACUCUUUCGUCUCACGGAGAAAAGAAAGAUUUAUUAUAAAGCUGUUCGGGAUAUUGAAGCAGGGGAGGAGCUCCUGGUGUAUAUGAAGGACGGGAUUUUCCCCGAGGGAUCCAUGGCACCCAACCUACAAGACGAGCAAAUGUACCGCUGUGAAGACUGCGAUGAGCUGUUCUCCUCAACCCUUGAGUUGCGACGGCAUCAGAAGUACUCGUGCUCGAGUGCAGGAUCCAUCUUUGAUGCGCUGAGAGAGGACUUCAAACAGGAGCGGGAGGACAGCGAUGAGCCCAUCCACGAGUGCAAGGACUGCGAAAAGAUCUUCCCAAACGAGUACAGUCUCGGGCAACACAUGAUAGUCCACACAGAGGAGAGGGAGUACAAGUGUGACCAGUGUCCCAAAGCCUUCAACUGGAAAUCCAACCUCAUCCGCCACCAGAUGUCUCAUGACAGUGGCAAGCGCUUUGAGUGUGAAAACUGUGAUAAGGUACAGCAUACCCGGCACGUGUUCACAGAUCCCAGCAACCUUCAGCGGCACAUCCGCUCCCAGCACGUGGGAGCGCGGGCUCACACGUGUCCUGAAUGUGGCAAGACCUUUGCCACCUCGUCAGGUCUCAAACAGCAUAAACACAUCCACAGCAGUGUCAAACCCUUUAUCUGCCCUGAUGGGCUACGUCUUUUUGCGUCCCCAGGUGAGGUGUGCCACAAAUCCUACACCCAGUUCUCCAACCUCUGCCGUCACAAGAGAAUGCAUGCUGACUGUCGUACCCAGAUCAAGUGUAAGGACUGUGGGCAGUUAUUCAGCACUACCUCCUCCCUCAACAAGCAUCGCCGCUUUUGCGAGGGCAAAAAUCAUUAUGGCACUCCAGCGGGGAUUUUCACCCCUGGAAUUGCCAUGAGCUCUAGCCCCAUCAUGGCUAAAGCCAAGUCCCACCAUCCCCACCUACCAGGACUGAACCAGUCAGGUUUAGGCUUCACUGACUACUUUCCCUCGAGACCUCACCCUCAUGCCGGCUUGCCCUUCUCCACAGGACCUCAUGGCUUCCCGUCCCUCCCACAUGGGUUCCCAGGUAUCUUUCCCCCUGCGCUUUAUCCACGGCCACCUUUAUUACCUCCCAGUCCUUUAUUAAAGAGCCCACUGGCAGGCAGCAGUCAGGAGGUUAAGCUCCCUCGGAGCCCCUUAGAUGCCCCACCAUUGUCACUUGUCAACUCCACAAACAGCAACGGCAUUAGUGGUUUGAGUCCACUGGAAGACAAGGAAAAGGACAGUAAGCUUGAUUUGUCUUCUAGUGGAGAAACUAAACCUAAAUCUAAACUAGCAGACAUGUCGGAUGGAAGUGACCUUGAAGAUGUUAAUACCACAAGUGGAACAGAUUUGGACACCACCACUGGUACUGUUUCAGGUGACGGUUCCGACCUGGAGAGUGAAGGUGAUAGUGAACGUGAAAGGAGUGGUAAAAGGAGGAAGCCGUCUGGCACUGUGUCGAGUCAAGAUGGAAACCAGUUAGAGGACUCAAGUAGCGCGUUGAUAUCAGCUGUGUCUAGUUCAGGAACACUUUCUAUAGAUCGCCCUUUUCAUUCUGCUUCAUCCCAGCACUCCUUCUUUCCUCCACCCGAUGAGCAAGCCCUGCCUCCUACCACCACAAAUGCCAAUGCAGCCACCACCGAUUCCAUUAAAGCAAUUGCUAACAUUGCUGAGAAAUAUUUCGGUCCUGCUUUGAUGGGACUUCAUCAGGAGAAAAAGAUGGGUCCACUGCCCUACCAUUCCAUGUUUCCCUUUCAGUUUCUACCCAACUUCCACAACUCCCUAUACCCUUUCGCCACUGAUCGAGGCACCCUCAAUCCUAGCAUAUUCCUGAAGGCGGAGCCCAAAUCCCCUCGUGAACAGCUGCACAAGAUGGUUUCAAGUUCCCCCACAGCUCCUGCUCCCACCACAGAGUCACCUUUUGAUCUCACAACGAAACCCAAGGAGGCCAAGUUAACUCCUCCCGCUCCAACAAACCCAUCCAACCCAAGCAGCACUGGGAACAGCAGUGGUCCUGUAGUGAUAUCUAACAAUGAAGAGCAGCCACUGGACCUCAGCAUUGGCAGCAGAAAUCGAAGUGGUCACAACGGCCUGCCAGUUGAGCCCCAAAAUCGAAAGAAUCAUAUCUUUGGCGCCGGCAAGGUGGUCUCCCAUAAAGACGAAACCUCAGUGGGAUUCCUUCAUCCUCACUCGCAGUCAUUGCACCAACCCUCCAUAACCCAGCACCAGCAGCCGCAGGCACAGCCGCAUCAGCCUCCACCACUGCACUAUGCCAAGCCCUCCGCAUUCUUCAUGGAUCCCAUCUACAGCAGGGUGGAGAAGAGGAAGCUACUUGAUCCGGUUGGAGCUCUGAAGGAGAAGAUCCUGAGGCCCUCCCCACCACUCUUCCAUCCACAGAUGUCAGCCAUGGAAAAUAUGACAGAGAAGCUGGAGAGCUUUGGUGCCCUAAAACUGGACAUGCCGCCCAAUACGCUGCAACACCCGACCCAUCCACUGUUCAAUUUCCGCUCACCACCACCUUCCCUCUCAGAAGCAAUCCUUCGAAAGGGCAAGGAACGUUAUGCUUGCAGGUACUGUGGGAAGAUUUUCCCCCGCUCAGCAAACCUCACCAGGCACUUGCGGACACACACAGGGGAGCAGCCCUACAGGUGUAAAUACUGUGACCGCUCAUUCAGCAUCUCCUCCAACCUUCAGCGUCACGUCCGCAAUAUCCACAACAAGGAAAAACCCUUCAAGUGUCACCUGUGCAACCGCUGCUUCGGUCAGCAAACCAACCUCGACCGCCAUCUCAAGAAGCACGAGCACGAGAACAUUCCUGUACGCCAGCAGUCCGGGAUGCUUUCCAACCUAGGAACCACCAUCUCCUCUCCAAACUCCGAGCCAGACAAUCACGCACUUUUAGACGAGAAGGAGGACUCGUACUUCUCUGAAAUUCGCAAUUUUAUUUCCAACAGUGAGAUGAACCAGGCCUCCAGCUCCACGGAUAAAAGGUCAGAGCAGCCUGAAGAGGAGCGCCCGCCCAGCCACAGUUUGUCCAACUCCAAGCUAGGGCUGCAAGGGCUGGAGGAAGAGGAAGAGGAGGUGGAAGGGGACGACGAGGAGGAGGAAGAAGGCAGCCUGACGGAGAAGUCGCAUGAUGAGGCGCCGGAGUCCCCAUCUCCACUCACGACGGGAGUCUACGAGGAGGACGAGGAAGAGGAAGACACGGAGACGGCUCCGUUAGCUAUGAGCUAUGAACACACUCGCAGGUGUAUAGAGGAGGAGGGCUCUCUCUUGGAUCUGGAGGGUCUGCCCAGCUUCCCUAAGAGCCUGGACGGUUUACGUAAAGCAGCCAUUGAUGAGCAGUCCUUUGACGUUAAAGACAUAUUUAACACUUCACUAGAGUCUGAAGCAUUGAAAGAAACAUUGUACAGGCAGGCUAAAACCCAGGCUUAUGCAAUGAUGCUGUCUCUCUCGGAGAACAACCCUUUGCACGCACCCUCUCAGAACUCUCUGGACGCUUGGCUGAGCAUGGGAGGCGGACCGUCUGAGACGAGCAGCUUUCACCCACUCAACCAUAUCUAGGCAAAGAGAGGCCGAGGAAAGACGGAAAGAAAAGUAGGGGGAACAUUUAGUCUCACAAACAGACAGAAACAAGAGACCGGCUGGACAUCGGGAAGACGAGAAAGGCCGUGAAGGAUUUCAUUGUCACACACAUUCAAGGCAGAGCGGACGAGUUUGCGCGGCUACGCCUGUGUUCACAUGUUAUGUGUUUGUGCAAGUACGACGGAGGAGGAGAGGGGGCGGGGGGGACGUGUCCCCUUGUGAGGCGUCCUGCAAGACUGUCUAAGAGAAAGCACUGCUAAGCUCCUGUUGAUGUGAAGGACAUGAUGAAUGCUUCUCCAGAGCAUUGAAACUCUGCGUCACUCUGAUCCUCCCCCCAGUGCACAAUGCUCCCUGCAGCAUCACAGUCACCCUGUAAAACGGCUCCCUGAAAGACACUUACUGAACUGAUAAUGUCUCUAAAGUCUGUGCACAAUGCCCGACGCAAGCAUUGCAGCACUGGCACUGCAUGUCCACCAGGUGGCACUGUUUCAGCAGAAAUACAGGACUCGUGAGUGAUUCUCUCCAGGUUUAGUUUUUUUCUCCACCAGUCACGGAGACUAUUUUUUUUUUUUACAUUUUUUAUUUAAUUUCAGAAUCAAAAGCACCAGACAAAAUAAACGAAUCCUCAGAACCAGUAGACUGUUGAUUUUUCACUGAUUACAUGGAGAAUGAUGUCCAACGUUCAAAUGUGAUAAUGUAAUGAGCUAUGUGGGCCAAUAACUAUUAAAAUUGGCUACUAAAUUUGUUCAUGUUGAAAUUUAAAUUAUACUAAAAAAAAGAGUGUGUUUUUCUGUUUUGUUUAUUGCAUCAUCAAUUAAAUGUAUUUACGUUCUUUACUAUAGAUACCACAGUAUUGCUUCUUUUUAGGCACAAGAGUACUCGACUAUUAAUUUAAUUACUUUUAGAGAAGGACCAAAUUUGCUGUCACAUGAUGUAAAAAUGAUAAUAGCCUAGACGUUCAUAUUCAGAGUGGUAUGUGCCAAAUAACCGCUAGAAGUCUUUCUUUUUUUUUCUUUGACAAUCAUGUCAUUUCCAAGAGGCCUCACAUUUGCUGUCACGUUUCUUUUUCCCUAAUAACAUUAUAUGUUUAAUUUCAAGAAGUGUGUGCAUGUAUUUAUUUCUAUGUUGUUUUGUUGAGACUCAAGAAGAGAAAAUGAAGAAACAGAAAAGGUCUUUUCAUCCCUGUUUUUCUUGAAGAAGGAAAAAGGAUCACCUGUCAAAGCACAGGGGGAGAUUCUGAAUCUCUGGUUUUGACGGAUUAGUGUGCCAAAAUUAAAAGACCCCACGAGUUAAUUAGUUUUUUUUAUUUUUAUUUUUAUUUUUAUUAUUAUUUAUAGUUAAAUGCAAGUGUAGUUAGUUUUAGAGUCCUGUUUGGCAAUGGAACAUAGUGGGCAGGUUAACCCUGGUUUUCCUUUUAUUGUUUCACUUUAACAGUUAACUCAAUAUGCUGUUUUCUUUCCCUCUCUGCCUAGUGGCAUAAUUGUACAAAUAUCAUUUUGAAUGUCAGUUAAAGGGCAUUACGUUAUCAUUACUGAAUCUGGACUUCUUCCGCCGUCGGCUCAUGUUAUAUUCAUUUUUCUUUUUUGGCAUGCAUCGCUUGUAGCUUAGCCUGCAAGUUGUCAUCUUAAAAUGAUUUUGUCUCAGGUUAGAUGUCUGGUCGGAAAUUCUCACAGCAUCCAGUCAAAACGGCGUGAAGGUGACAGUGUCGCUGGUUAUAUAUAAAGAGACUUGACUCGUGAUUGUUAAAGAACAGAGUGGUCAUCCUGAAGUUUGUUGGUCAGACUUGUUAAACUCCAUAUAAAUUGCUUUGAGACCCUCCUUCUAUUAAGUCUGCGAAGACGGCUGUGUCAUAGACAGCAGAAAACAUUUACAGUCGGUACCUGAAGGCAGCUGGGUUUUAGCCUUUUCAUCCCUUCUAGACUUUCAUAAUCAGGCCUGAUGCUGUUUUUUUUUUCUUUUUUUUUUUUUUUUUUAACAAGCACUUAAAGCAACUGGGACCAGACCGUCAACUGGAUAUAG